UCUGCUUUUGUUUCUAUUUUUUAUUGUCUAUUUAUUCUAUGUACAUUUAUUGUAGUCCCAUUUCUCGUAGUUUGUAGUAGGCGAAUUUUUAAUUUUAGGAAGUUUUUCUAUUACACACUUAAUGUAGUCUCAUCCUUUGUAGUUUGUAGUUAGGCGGAAUAUUUUUAUUUUUCAAAGGUUUUUAACUUUUCUUUUAAUUAUUAAAACUUGAGCAUUUAAACAACAAAAUAUUUUAUUUUACUCAUUUUUUUAUGAAUAUGGAAGCAUUUUGUGUUAAUGAAAAUACUCCUUUAUUUGAUACCGAAAGUCUUAGAAAUGGAAAUUCAAGUACAAUACCGAGAGUUUCUGAAUGUUAUCAACAAACUACACUUUAUGCUCUUCCUGCUUUUUUCUUGCUAAUUUUUUCACCUCUUGUUAUUUAUGAUUUUAAAAAAAGUACAAAAGGGCCGUUGUUAAGGCGAACACCGACAACUUUAAGAAUUUUUUUAUGUGGAUUUCUUCUUGUUAAUGUUCUCAUACAAAUUGUUUAUUUCUCUGCCACAUUUACUUGGAAUCAAAACUUAAAUCCUUCUUCGACUUCAAAUGGAGCAUUGCCAAUUGCUAAAUUUUUAGCGCUUCUUUUGUUGGAUAUUUCUUUAUUUUUGGCUCUUAUUUUGUUGUUGGGAUGUCGUCGUUUUGGACUAGCAACUUCUGGUGUAUUAUUUAAUUAUUGGCUUUUAUUAGCUGUUUGUGGAAUUCCUCGAUUUCGUGAAUCUGUUGAAUUAUGGUUUGGAGAAAAUGGAAGGGAUAAUAAGGAUUAUUUUGCCGCUUUACUUUUUAUUCUUUAUUAUGUUGUUGUUGUAAAAAUAUUGUUUAUUUCUUGUUUUGCAGACCAUUCUAGAACUGAUGAAAUUAAUCAAAAAACUUGUCCAGAACCUUCCGUUUCUUUUUUAAAUAGAAUUCUUUUUAUUUGGUUUGAUGGUAUUGCUCGGCUUGGAAAUAUGAGAGCUUUAGUUAUUGAUGAUUUAUGGAAUCUUCCUGAGCGUGAUAAAUCGAAACAUUUGACCAAAAAAUUUGAAAGGAUUCGAGAAAAACAAUUUAAAUCAUAUAAUCAACGAAAAAUCAAAAAAGUAAAAACUCCUCUUUUAAAGAAAAAUCAAAAUGGAAUUGAAGAGACUGAAUUAUUGGAGACAAAUGGAUAUAAAACUGACUAUUCUACAAAUAAAAAUGAAUUUAAAGAUAAUUCUUCCCCUCCUUCAUUAAUUUGGGCUUUAUUCCUAACUUUUAAAUUUUCUUUAUUUGGUGCAAUAUUUUACAAAAUAAUUCACGAUUUAUUACAAUUUGCACCUCCAAAAUUGUUAGAUUUACUUUUACAAUUUAUUGAAACACCCGAAGCUAAUAUUUGGAAUGGAAUUGGAAUUGCUGUUUGCAUGUUUUUGUUAAAUUUUAUUCAAUCGAUGUUUAUUCAUCAAUAUUUCCAUAUAAUGUUUCGUAUUGGCAUGAAUGUUCGUUCAAUACUUACUUCCGCAAUUUAUAAAAAGGCUCUUCUACUUUCUAGUAAUGCACGUACAAAACGAACAAUUGGUGAAAUUGUUAAUUUAAUGACUGUUGACAUUCAAAGAUUUCAAGAUAUGGCUUCGUGGAUUAAUUUUAUGUGGUCAGCACCCUUUCAAGUUUUAUUAUCUCUUUUUUUUCUCUUUCAACUUUUGGGUAUUUCUGUACUGGCUGGUCUUAUUUGUUUAGUUGCUUUUAUUCCAAUAAAUGCAAAAUUAUCUUUAGCCAUGAGAAAAUAUCAACAAAAACAAAUGACAUUAAAAGAUGAACGAUUAAAAUUAAUGAAUGAAAUAUUGAAUGGAAUAAAAGUAUUUAAACUUUAUGCUUGGGAAGAGAGUAUUGAAGAUAGGAUUCUUGGAAUCCGUAAAAAAGAAUUACAACUUCUUCGUCGUAUUGCUUAUGUAAAUGCAAUUUCCUCGAUAACCUGGUCUUGUGCUCCAUUUUUGGUUGCUGUUUCAACAUUUACUGCUUAUUUAUUAUUGGAUCCAGCCAAUAAUGUUUUAACUCCGAGAAUUACUUUUGUUGCUUUAUCUUAUUUUAAUAUUCUUCGUUUUCCACUUGCAAUGUUUCCAAUGAUUGGUUCUCAAGCAGUUCAAUGUAAUGUUAGCAAUAAACGGUUGAAAACAUUUCUGGCUGAAGAUGAACUUGAACCUCUACCUUCAAACAAUUCUUUUGGAGAUUCUUCCCUUGCAAUUUCUUUGCGAAAUGCUAGUUUUUCUUGGAGUGAAGAAGAACCAUUAUUUUUAAAAAAUCUUAAUAUUGAAAUUAAACGGGGUUCUUUGGUUGCAGUUGUUGGAAGAAUUGGAUCAGGCAAAAGUAGUUUGUUGUCAGCAAUUCUUGGUGAAAUGUAUUGUAAAUCUGGAACUGUUGAAAUUGAUGGCCAAAUUGCUUAUGUUCCUCAACAGGCCUGGAUACAAAAUAUGUCUCUCAGAGAAAAUAUUCUUUUUGGAAAUACUUUGAAUAAACAAUUAUAUGAUGUUGUUAUCGAUGCAUGUUCUUUACAACAAGAUUUGGAUUCUCUUCCUGGCGGUGAUUCAAUAGAAAUUGGAGAAAAACAAAGAAUUAGUCUUGCAAGAGCUGCUUAUUUGGAUCGUGAUAUUUAUUUUUUAGACGAUCCAUUAUCUGCUGUUGAUUCUCAUGUUGGCAAGCAUAUUUUUGAUAAAUUAAUAGGAUCUAAAAAUGGUUUAUUGAAAACAAAAACUCGUGUUCUGGUCACACAUGGGCUUUCCUUUCUUAAAUAUUGUGAUCAAAUUAUUGUUGUUAAAGAUGGACAAGUCACAGAAUCGGGAUCUUAUCACGAUUUACUCAAAUCCUCUGGCGAACUUUCUGAAAUUAUUGAGGAAUAUGUAUUGAAGCAGCAAUCUACCACUGAUACAAACGAAGAACCAGACGAUGAAAUAAUGGAUGUUCUAGAUGAAUUGGAGAAAAUCCACCCUGAAAAAUCACUUUCAAGAUUGUCGGCUAGACGAGUAACUUCAGAAAGUGAAACUUCUGGUAAAGCAGUAAUGCCUCAACAAAAAGAGUCAACUACAACAAUUCCUCAAAAGAAGCUUAUAACAAAAAUAAUUGAAAAAGAGGAAGUAUUUACUGGUAAAGUUAAAUUCGGAGUCUAUUUGGAAUAUUUGCGAGCAGUUGGAUUGAUAUCUUUGACUUUCUUUCUUUGUAUUUAUUUGUUGUCAAGUUUACUUGGUAUUGCUACCAAUCUUUGGCUUGCUAAAUGGUCUGAUCAGGCAGAAAAGAUCCAAAAAGGAAAUUCUUCUUUUUCUAUUGAGACAAAAUCAAAUUUAGUCAUUUACACUUCGCUUGGAAUAGCACAAGCAUUCACAGUUGCAUUUGGCUCAGUUAUUAUGUCUAUUGGAAUGAUAAAAGCAAGCCGAAAAUUACAUCAAACGAUGUUGAAGAGUGUACUUCGUUCUCCAAUGUCUUGGUUCGACAUCACUCCUCUUGGUCGUAUAAUGAAUCGAUUUGGAAAGGAUGUUGACAGUUUGGAUAGCGAAAUUCCUCGUUCGUUUACUUCAUUUCUCAGAACUUUACUUGCAUCAGCUGAAACGCUAGCAAUGAUUUCUUAUGCGACUCCUCAAUUUAUGUUGUGUGUUGCGCCCCUUGCCAUCUUUUAUGGAUUAGUGCUUCGUUAUUAUGUAAGUACCUCACGUCAAUUAAAACGUCUAGAAUCAACAACUCGAUCACCAAUUUAUUCACAUUUCCAGGAGUCAGUACAAGGUGCUAGCUCAAUUCGUGCUUACAAUUGCGUUGAACGAUUUUUGAUUGAAUCUCAAAAGCGUGUAGAUAAUAAUAUGCUCAUUUAUUUCUCUUCCAUUGUGGCAAAUAGAUGGUUGGCAGUUCGUCUGGAAUUAGUUGGCAAUUUUAUUGUAUUUUUCUCUGCAUUUUCUGCUGUUUUAUUCCGCCAUACUGAUCAUGUAACUGCUGGAUUAGUUGGACUUUCUGUUUCUUAUGCUCUUUCUGUUACUCAAGUAUUAAAUUGGGCUGUUAGAAUGGCCUCUGAAUUGGAAACAAAUAUUGUUUCAGUUGAAAGAAUCAAGGAAUAUAAAGAAACACCAACUGAAGCAGCUUUGGAAACUCCAUCAGAAGUUUUUAAAGAUGAUAAAGGAAAAGAAUUUUGGCCAGAAAAUGGGGAAAUUUCAAUUGAUAAUUUAGCUAUUCGAUAUCGACAAAAUUUGGAUUUGGUAUUAAAAGAUGUUAAUGCGCAUAUUUUGCCUCAUGAAAAAAUUGGAAUUGUUGGAAGGACUGGAGCUGGUAAAAGUUCACUUGUUCUUGCUUUAUUUCGUUUGGUAGAACCAGCUUCUGGUAAAAUUAUUAUUGAUGGAAUUGAUAUAGCAAAACUUGGUCUUAAGCAUUUACGUUCUCGUCUUACAAUAGUCCCUCAAGAUCCAGUACUUUUUUCUGGAACUUUUCGUGAAAAUUUAGACCCUUUUGGUCAUCAUUCUGACGAUGGUAUUUGGACAGCAUUAAAACUUACACAUUUGGAAGAAUUUGUUAAUACACUACCGAAUAAAUUGGAUUAUAAAAUUAGUGAAGGGGGUACAAAUUUAAGUGUUGGUCAACGUCAAUUAAUUUGUUUAGCUCGUGCUGUUCUUCGCCGAUCAAAAAUUCUUGUUUUAGAUGAGGCAGCUGCCUCUGUAGAUCUUGAAACGGAUCAUUUAAUUCAACAAACAAUUCGUCGCCAAUUUGUUGAUUGUACAGUUCUCACAAUUGCUCACAGACUUCAUUCUGUAAUUGAUUCUACAAGAAUUUUAGUUUUUAGUGAAGGCAGGGUUGCUGAAUUCGAUACUCCAAUUAACUUAUUUGCUAGACAAGAUUCUUUGUUUCGUGCUCUUUGUUUAGAUGCUGGUAUUAAUAGUAUUGAUGAUGUAAAAAAUGGAGAAAAUAAUAUUAAAGAAGAAAAUGAUGAAGAAAUAAAACUGAAUUAA